GAUAGAGAGCCGCAGAAUACCGACACACCGCACCGGGAGCAACACCAAGCGGUAACAGCAGCAGCCGAGCCGGGGCGGAGGACACACCAGUUGAUGCGAGACUGCUAGACUAGUUCAAGUUAAAAAAGACCCCAAAAAAGGAACUUUAUUAAACUCUGGAGAGAGUCAAACACACACACACACACACAGGGAGGGGAACCGUUGGAGAACCGUUGGAGAACCGUUGGAAGCAGCCGUUAACGUUAACUGUCGACUUAACGGCCGCUGAGAUUUGAAUUACUGACUACCAGAGAGCCGGUCAGAGGCUCAGGAAGCCCCCGGGGUUCGCAUCGCUUGUUUGGGGCGUGACUGUGUGAAUUUUCGCCUCAAGUUUUAUCAACUUGUCCAGCUACCGUUAGGUCAUUUUUCUAUCGACGCUUGAAGCAGUCAUGGUCGGGGAGACAGAGGUGAAGGAGAGACCCAAGUCCAACCCGGACUACCUGAUGCAGCUGAUGAACGACAGGAAGGUGAUGAGCUCUCUGCCCAACUUCAGCGGCAUCUUCACGCAUCUGGAGCGGCUGCUGGAUGAAGAGAUCGGCCGGGUACGCAAGGACAUGUACAACGACACGGUGAACGGAGGCAUGUUCAACGGGCGGGACAUGGAGGAGCUCCCCGAAGGCAUCGGCCCCGUGGCUCAGCUGCAGGAGAAGCUCUACGUGCCCGUCAAAGAGUACCCCGACUUUAACUUUGUAGGGAGGAUCCUGGGCCCACGCGGACUGACGGCCAAACAGCUGGAGGCAGAGACCGGCUGCAAGAUUAUGGUGCGAGGAAAGGGCUCCAUGAGAGACAAGAAGAAGGAGGAGAUGAACCGAGGGAAGCCCAACUGGGAGCACCUCAGCGAGGACCUCCACGUCCUCAUCACGGUGGAGGACACACACAACCGGGCCAAGAUCAAACUCCAGCGGGCCAUCAACGAGGUCAAGAAACUUCUGGUGCCAGCUGCCGAGGGGGAGGACAACCUGAAGAAAAUGCAGUUGAUGGAGCUGGCCAUUCUCAAUGGGACCUACAGAGACGCCAAUGUCAAGACGCCCACCGCCGGCUUCCCUCUAGGCACACCUCAGGGGACUCGGAUCAUCACAGGCCCGACGCAAGUCCUGCCUCCCUCCAUGCGCAACCAAGCCCCCGUCAACACGCCGACCCUCAUGCCUCUGAUUCGACAGAUCCAGAGCUCCGCCCUCAUGCAGGGAGGCAAUCCGCACCCGGCGCUGGUGCAGCAAGGGCCCGAAUCUGGAAUCAUCUACACGCCCUACGAGUAUCCCUACACACUCACGCCCUCCAUAUUGGAAUACCCGAUUGACUCAACUGGAGUAUUAGGUAUGGCUUUCCCAACCAAAGGCUAAGCGAUAGCAACCCUUCCUAGCACACACACGGACUGGCUUGCAGAGACCCCCCCUCCCAUCCUUUUCCCCUACAUACUUGUCCCACAGAGCAAACACUCAAAGUUUGCUCAUACUUUAGGAUGACAGAUUCCUCGACAGUCAUUCUGUAGUCAAGUGUCUAUUCCUGUUAAUUUCCUCUUUGUAUUAGCAGACUAGUGUUGUGGUGUGACAGCUACUUAACUCUUUUUAAUAGUUCAGCUUCCGCUUGUAAUUUUAACACAUUUUUAGUGAACCCAUAGAUAUUUUAGUGCCGCUGUUUGUGAUUUAAUAUAUGUCAUUUUUAAUCACAGAGCUAUAGAGUGACUUUGCUUAUCUACUAGUGAAGCUUAGUGAGACAUUAGUGGUUUGGAUUAAUAUUUUCUUUAGAGAACAGAAGACCACAAAACAACAAGAAUUCUGUCUCUUUGAUGUUUUUAUUUUUAUUUUUUCACCCUCAGCCUUUUGAUGAACACUUUGUAAAUUCCCGGUUUCACUGAUGUUGGUGCCAUGGGUGGACUGUUUGAUGUCUUUCUGAUGAGUAACCUUCUGUGUUCUGUUUUGGCGAUGUCAAUGGCUGUUAGCAGGUGCCAUGACCACUAAGGUACGACGCCACGACAAGAGAAUCCAUCCUUACCAAAGGGUAGUGACCCCAGACAGAGGUUAGUUAGCUCACCAGCCACUUUAUGUGUAUGUAUGUGUGUGUGUUUUUAGUGUGCGUGCAUGCAGACCAGUGGACCAAUUUCAGUUUACAAGUACGGCAUGCCUUUAUAAAAUAAAUGAGUGUAUCAGGCGAAAGGGUCACACGCUGAAGCAGCUUCGGUGUAAAAAUGUGAAACGGUAUUUGUUGAAAUAAGUGAGCAGAUUGGAAGGAACCAUUGUGAGGGGUGACAGCUGCAGCGGUUAUCUUUGCUCGCCUGGUAGAUAAAACUGGACGGCUUGCAGGCCGGGACCCUCUCAAUUAGAAUGGAUCGCUCCGUUCAUGUGACUCGGUUCCUUGUGACUCUGGAUUCGGAGUCCUCUCUCAGAAACUUUUGUUGUUUUUAUCUCCUCACUACUACUUUUUUGACCCUGUGGGAAGGUUUAUUUAUACCCAAAUUCAUUCCAGUAGAUUUCCACAAAUGUUUUUUUUUUUAUUAUUAUUAUUAUUAUAUUAUUAAUUAAAUCCUGUGUUGUGCCCAAUGACUAUAUGACACUUAAAAGUAACAGUGAUUGUCUUUUUAUCUGAAGGUCAUUCAAUUCAACAUGAUCUUUGGUUCUUUACUACUAAAACACAGCGUGUGAUAACUACUGAAGUCUGUGUUACAAGCUCUUUUGUAUGAAAAUACUGUUGUUUGUGGUCUUAUCAGUCGCCCACUGGACUUUAUCAUUGGGGCUGUUUACAUCUUUCAUAUAUUUCCUAGCCAGAGUGGUGCUGUUACCAUGUAUUUAGCUGCAAAAUAAAUUUGUAUAUAGGGAUUUUAAGUGCUUAUAUUGAAGCUUAUGGAACAAGAUCGCUUUGGAAAUACUUGUAGUUUUUUUUUUUGUUUUUUUUUAGUUUGUAAAUUUUUAUUUUUACGAUAUGCUUUUUAUAGAUGAAGUGUCUCCAUGUAAACUUCAAAAUAUUCAAGGUGUGUAGCUACUACUGUUUUAGUCACCGCGAGAGGUGGCAAUGAAGGCAGUGUUUUUUGCUCUGUCUAUUUAAGAUGAGGUGACCUUUCUCGAUUCACAGGCCUCGUGACUGUUUUAUGCAAUAGAAAUGGACUAGCUAGCUACAAUAUAUGUGUGUGAGUGUAUGUGUGCGUGCGUGUGUGUGUGAGCGGUGGUGCUCUUGUUGUACACGAUGGACAAAAAACACUAAAAGGCAAUAAAGAUGACUAUUGAAAAAAACA